AUGUCCAAGGGGAAUAGCCUCACCUUUAAUCUUUGUGAUAGCUUCGAUGGAUAUCCCAAAAGAGAAGCAGGGGAGAACGUAGGCAUGGUAGACUGGGGGCUUGGGGAGGUUAAUGCAAAGACCCCGGCUGUUGCGAUGGGAUCAGCAAAGUCGCUCGCCGCGUCUAGCCUUUACCAACGCUAUACGAUACACCGGCAUGAUCUAUCCGACCUCAGUAUUGGGUUGGGAGGAUCCCAAGCGGUUGCUGCUGGUGCCUGGAAGAGAAAUGCAAUCGUCUUAUACGCCGAUGCUGUCAACACGCUUAGAAGAGCUGACCUUGAGACCAGCGAUGCAGCGGGGCUUUGCCUUGCCGGAAGUCUCCUCUUGUCCCUUUUCGAAUGGGAGUCCGGGAGCGCUGGGUCGUACUUUGCUCAUUUGGACGGCGCGGAUACUAUCGUACGCUCGGCGUUUGAAAGGAUAUCACAGCUGCCAUGGGGGUUGUCUAUUCUACGAGGCUGGGCGAGCAUGCAUCACACAAGACUUACACGACAGUUACCCUUUAGGCCAUUGGAGAAGGAGAAGUGUGGCCCGUCGAACAAAAAGAUUGCAGAGCUUUCGAACCAAUUUCUCCAUGGCCCGGCCAAAUUGUCAGUUCUUCUUGUCAAGGCAUUUACGCUAAGAAAUCGGCUUGUCCUAGAGACGUGCCUCGAGGCGGAUGAAGUUGGGAACCAAUCUGCAGUCCAGUUUUGGCGAGAGUGGUACUCAAAGGUAUUCGGCUUCCCGUAUGUAGCAGAGUCAGCCGCCCACCACGGGGAAGAACUCACCAAAUCUGAGCUCCUGGAUAGUCUUGCUCAAAUCGAGACGCUUCUCUGCGCAUGGCGAGAGUCGCUCCCAGAAGAGGCCCAGCCGACCGUAUCUCCGACUUGGUCAAAGAAAGACCUCAAUAACCAGGAAAACCAAACACGUCAGAUCGCUUCCUGGACGUUCACAGACAGUGAGACUGCUUUGCAGUACUUGACUUACGUUAUGGGCCGGAUUCUAUCUUCCCAAGAAGUUCUAGACCUCUACUUGCUCGGCGGCGAUGUCCUGUGCUCCUCAAGGCCCUUGCAUCCUCUUGUUCUAGCCGCGCUUUCUACUAUAGAAGUCUUGGACCCGGAAUACUCUAUUGCCCACGACGUCUAUGGUAAUGGUCCUCUAUGGGUGUUCGCGACACUGGCAACCUGCGUCCCCGAUAUCAGGGUUGUAUGUCAUCUUUCGCAAGUUGUGAUGCCGCGAUUCCACUACGUGGCUCACUGUGGACCCCAAUUGGCCACCGUAACGGGGACAAGCCAGAUUCUGGGUUGCAUUAUGAGCGAGAUCGAAGCAGGAAGGCUGCCAUUUCUUUGUGACCCAGACGUGGUGUUGACCGAUGAUUUUACUCUUGACGAGAGUUCCUCGUCGUAUACAAUGAUGGCGGUUAUUGGACGUGAACAACGAAGGUUUUAUAAGGGUUUGGUACAAGUAGGCUAG